AUGGCGUCUGUAAUUGUCUUUACUGACUUCCAGUCCAACGACGCACUUGGUCGCAGCGUCAUCGCCGAGUAUCUCGAUAUGGCCGCCCGCAGGCACUGCAGCUCUGUCCCUAUCACUAUUACCUGUAGUGAAGAGGAGAACCUGCGUCGACUGUCGUCUUCAGAACGGAUCCGUCACGGAAAACUUACAGACAUGGAAGUGGUGGCACACCUACGGGAUAACGCCUUGAUAUACCAAUGGCCGAACGAUGAUCCUUUACAUAUGGAGCUCGACAUUACGGAGUUGAAAGUCGACGAAGCUGCUCAUCUCAUACUCAAACAUGUGCUGGGGGUUUGCAAGGAGCUGGAUGGCCAAUGA